AUGGAUCUCGCGCGAUGUCGACGGACGACGACGACGCGGGCGCUCCCGGUGGCGCUGGCGGACGUGAGCGCGUCGAUGGGUGGAUUGGAGACGGCGCGCGCGAUCGUGGGCGCGGCGACGAUCGCGUUGGUGAUGUUCCAAGGACCGAAGGGGGACGGGGUGGUGAACUCGCUCAACGAGGGACGGGUCUUCGGACGGGCGCGGGAGGCGAAGAGCGCGGUGGAUUACGUGACGUAUGGAUUGAUCGGUGGGUUCAUCGCGCUGAGCGCGGUGCUCGCGGCGAGUGGGUGA